UGAAAAAUCGCACCAUCUCUUGGUCCAAACAUGGGUUGUUGGGCAUACCGUUAGGUGACGCGGGUGAUUGGCCUCCAUGCUUACUGAUGAAGUGACUGCGUUUGAUGCCUACCUACUGAAGAAGACGUCCCCGGUUCGACUCGACGCUUACGAUUUUUCCAAGAAUAUGUAAGCAAAUUGUACCGGGAAAAUGUCUAUCCAUUACAAGUUCAAAUCGGCGAUUGACUAUGAUACAAUUACGUUUGAUGGCCUGCAUAUCUCAGUUGCCGACUUAAAAAAGGCAAUUGUCUACCAGAAGAAAUUGGGCAAGGCUACAGACUUUGACCUUAUGAUCACAAAUGCGCAGACAAAUGAAGUUUAUACAGAUGAAUCAGCACUAAUUGCCAAAAAUACUUCUCUGAUUGUGGCGCGGGUUCCUGUAGCUGGAGCCACAAACAAGAAGAUCUGGGAUAGAGGCGAACCUUCUUUGAUCGGAACAUCGUCGACGUUGACUUCGUCAUCAAAGGGUGCUCCCCCGCCGACCAGAAAUGAAAACGAAGUCACGGUUGCCAUGGCGAACAUCAGUGCUGAUUCCUCCGGCUCCGCUCUCGACAAUUUGGCCCAGGCAACGGAUCUGUCUCGAAGUGAAGCUUCCGAAGAGGACAAAAUCAAGGCCAUGAUGACCCAAUCAACUCAGGAUUAUGACCCCUCCAAAUACAUGAAAAUUCGUGGUCAGGGCCAGGUUGGACCUGUCCCCGGUAACUAUUGCUGCUUUAAGUGUGGUAUGCCUGGUCAUUGGAUCAAGCAAUGCCCAUUAAAUCUGACAAUGGACAUUAAAAAAAGUACGGGAAUUCCGCGAAGUUUCAUGGUCCCUGUCGAAGGACCAGAAGUUCCUGGUGCGAUGAUGACUCCAUCUGGCCAUUUUGCCGUCCCAGCAAUUGAUCACGAGGCCUACCGAGAGAUCAAAAAAGAACGACCGCCUUUUCAGGCAGAAUCGCCUACACCUGAAGUUGUUAAACCUGUCAUUCCAUCUGAACUUCUUUGUUCUCUUUGCAAAGAUCUGCUAUCCGACGCAGUACUUAUUCCAUGCUGUGGAGACUCAUUCUGUGAUGAUUGUAUACGAGCUCUCCUUCUCGAUUCAGAAGAACAAGAAUGCCCCCAGUGUCAUACGAAAGCUGUUUCUCCCGACACGUUGAUACCUAACCGGUUUCUACGUACCGCCGUAACCAAUUUCCGUAGUGAAACGGGCUACACAAAAGCUACACCCGUUGUCCCUGCUGUUGUCGAGUCUGUGGUUGUUCCAGAAGUCAAGGAAGACGUUGAAGAAGAAAAAGAAGAGCCCGAACUUAUUUUGGAGGAUGAAGAAUUCAAAGAAGAAAUGGUUGCUUCUCCAGCGGUAGAUGAAAAGUUCUUUGAAGAACCCAGUGAGCCACCACCACCAGGCGGGGAAAGUCUCGAAGAGGUUAGAAUCUCUACACCUACCGUCGACGAAAAGCCAGCUGCUGCGGAAGGGAAUCAAUCUGAUGUGAUUAAACAGUCACCUACUGCACCGUCUAAAACUGUUCCCCCAGCUGUCAACAAUUUGUCCAUGUUAGCUCAAAAAGCACCCUUAAUUGCAUUACAGCAAGCUAUAUUGCAAGGAAAUCCACUCUUGCUUGGUUCACAGAAUAUACAACAGAUUGCCCUAAUUCAACAAGGGCUGAUGGCGAUGCAACGUAUCCCUCAUUCGUCGCAGUCAGCCCCGCUAUUGCCUACCCCAAGUACUGUACAGACUGCACCAGCCCCACCAACUUUACCGCCACAGAAUUCUGUACCGAUCCAGCCGCUUAUGACUGCCCAACCGCCGACUCACAUGCCACCGCCGGGAUUCCCGCGAUCGAUGCCGCCUCCCCGGUUUCAGGGCCCAUCUAUCCCACCACCCGGAGCUAGACCAAUGCUACCGCCAGGAGGACCAAGAGGACUACCUCCAAUGGGUUACCCGGGUGCUCCACCAUUUCCCCCUAACGGCAUGGGAAUGCCUCCAGGGUACGGCAACCAUGCUUCAAGUGCUGCCAAUCAGCUGGCCAGCCAUCCGAUUUUACAGCAAGGUGUGAUUGAAGACCCCCUGGCUGCCUUCGAAAAACUCUUGAAGGAGAAGGAAGAACGUGAUAGGGCACGAAAAAAGCGAAGAUCGAUUUCUCGUUCACGGAGUCGGUCGCGGUCUAGAACACGUCGGUCCAAAUCACCUCGACAGCGCAGUCGAUCACGAAGCGGAUCUCCACCCCGAAGGCGUUCUCGGUCGCAUUCGCCCAGCCGUCGGAGACGAAGUCCAGCUGUGCGAGGUCGUCGAGGUAGAUCGCGAUCACGAUCGCCUUCGGGUGGAAGGUCUCCUAGUCCGAGAAGUGGAGGUCGGCAUGGUUUUUACGAUCGAUCACCUCAUGGAUCACCCGGAAGGUAUCCUCGUGAGUACCGCGAAGAGUUCAACAAUGCCGCAUCAGCAAACUAUUAUCCUCCCUACGGUUAUCCACCAAUGGGUCCGCAAGGCCCACCAAUGCGAGGAUACGGCGGUCCUCCAGGUCCUAUGGGCCCAAUAGGCCGGGGUGGCCCAAUGGGUGGCUAUGUGCCACGAGGACCCCACUUUGGAAUUGGCAUGCCGAGAGGAAUGGGCCCACGCGGGCCUUAUCCUCCUGGAUACAUGGGACCAAGAGGACCAAUGGGAAUUGUAGGUGCCCCUCCAUCGCUGCUUUCGCUAGACUUGGGUCGAGGGCGUGGAUAUCGAGAGGAACGACGAGCUGAUUACGAGCGUGAAUAUUAUCCCGAAGCAGACAGAACCCGUCGAUCGCCUCCACCGCCUCCACCAGGAGAAUUUGAAUCGGAUGCUCCUCUUAUUUACACGAAACCUCGUCGUCCUGAUCAGCCAGAAAAAGUUCCAGAGAAACCCAGAGAGAGGGUAAAGGAACGCGAACGUGAAAGGGACCAUGGCUAUAUGAAGGAUAGUCGUGAACGGGAUCGAGAAAGAGAUAGAGACCGAGGUGAUCGAGACAAGGACAGAGAGCGUGACCGUGACCGAGAGCGUGAAAGGGAUCGAGAGCGAGACAGAGAACGAGAUCGUGACCGUGAAAAGGUUCGAUCCCGUCACGAUGGUCGGGACACUAAAGAGAGCAGCCGAAGAGCGGAAGUUGUAUCGCGAGAACGGGAUCGUGAACGUGGAGGCUCGCACAGUUCGGUCAGUAGUAGAUCCAGCACAACUACGAAAGAUAAAUCAAAAGAAAAAGAAAAGGACCGGGAGAAGGAGAAAGAGAAGAAGAAGGAAAAGAAGGAGAAGGAGGAGGAAGACAAGAAGCGGGACAAGAAACGCAAAAAGAAGAAGGAAAAAGAGAAGGAGAAGGAAAAAGAAAAAGACAAGGAGAACAAAAAGAAGAACAAACACGAGAAAAAGAAGAGUGUCGACAUUGAAGACCAAGCUGAGCCUGCAAAAACACCAAGCCAAACAGAGCAACCAGUUCCGGGUGAUUGUAGCGGUGGAUUCGAUGAUUCAGUUGCCACAGAGGCUGAUAAACCUCAAUUGGAGACUGUUGACAAUAAAGAAAGCAAUGAACAGCGAGUUGGGGCUGUGCAGGAAGAAGAGGCCGCCUUAGAAGAUGUUCUCAUCAUCACGACCGACAAAAGCCUCGAAUCACUGGUGGACGAUGUAGUACCUGCUGAAGAAGAUGCCGAUCGCCAGAAAACGCAAGUUAGGAAGGAACGAAGCCGCGAAAGGGAGAAGGAUGAUAAAGCGGUGAAAGAUAAAGCCCUUCCGUUGCCGCAUUCGCGAUGGGAAGAAGAUUCGGAAGAAGAAGAAGCAUCGGAACCCUUGAAGAACGUGUCAGACAUUGUCUCUAUAGCAGAUCCCGGACCAAUCAAAAGAGCAGAUAACGCCAUCUUUCGUCGAGCAAUAAGCGCAAUCAAGCCGAAAGUAAUUGAAAUUAAACUGCGACCCGAACGGCGCGUCCUGCUUGAUUCCUCCGCUCCAGAAAAGGCUAUUGGAGAUCUUGACUUGGAUGUUAAUAAUACAAGAGUCUCUCCUGAUUCCUUACUUAAUCUGAGAGUUGCACCACCACCAUUGGUGAUACCGAAAUUCAAUCCUGCCCUUGACCUGAAACUUCCUGAAAUCGACGACAAGAAGAAAUCGGUCCGGGAUAGAUUAGGCGACAAAGUGGAACCGGAACAGCAACCACCUGCUAGGAAUCAGGACAAGGUGGAUGACACCAAAGAUAAAGAUAAAUUAAAGGAUAAGAAGGAAGGAGGUAAAAAAGACAAGGACAAACGAUCUAGUCCUGCUAAAGAGAAGAAGGAUCGCAAGGAAGAUAAGCGUGACAAGGACAAACGAGGUCGGACCAAAGAGAAGGAGAAGGACAAGAAACACAAACGCAAAGAAAAGGAGGACAAGAAGAGCAAAGACGAGAAAGAGAAGAAGGAUGAGUUGAAACCUUCAAGUGACGUUCGCCACGGCGACAAAGCGAAAUCGAGCAAAACUGACGACAAGCAAACCGAUAAAGACAAAGAAAAAUCGGAAAAAAUCAAGAAGCGGAAGCGUUCCUGGUCGAGUAGUACGAGCAGUAGUAGUACCAGCAGUACUUCAGAGUCGGAUAGCAGCUCAUCUGAAUCGGGUGGUGGUAGUAAGCGGAAGAAGAAAAGCCGAAAGAAGCGCCACGUCUCUUCGAGCAGUGAUUCAUCCGAUUCGAGUCGCGAAACGAAGAAGAAGAAGAAAAAGUCUAAAAAGGCGUCGUCGAAGCGGAAGCAGAAAAAGGCGUCGUCGCAGUGAAAACAGUGCUUCUCUGUAACAUUUGGACUAGCCUUCUUUUUCCUCAUGGUAUAGUUUUUUUUUUUCACUCUCUUUCUUUUUUAGUUGUGACUUUUUUUUUUCAUUUUUCACCUUCUCUGGAAGUUUUUGUCAAUUCUUGCUACUUUGGGCUGACCUGCUGGUUUCGCCAGAAUCUGGCACAUUGCUAUGUUUUUAUAUUAUAUGGAAAUGCCAGUGGCGAUAGUAAUACACUUUGAAGUACAUAUUUC